AAAAUCUUUUUAUGGCUAACAUACCAUAGUAAUAAUAUUCAACACCCUCAAAUUUGCCAUCCUAUAACCGAGAUCAAUCUACUUACUAAUAACCUACAUUAGGAUAAUAGUAAGUUCCUUAGAGUAAUUACUAAGGCUAACCAUCUGGGGAAAAAGGAUUGCAAUACUUACCUUAAUAAGUAGUUGGCCAGCCAUAAAAUGUAUAAACACAACCAUUAUAUGGACAACCGCAAAUAGGAUUGAUAGGAUAACCUUAAUUAGGUUUAGUAGGACCAUAACAAACUGGAUUAAUAGGAUAAUAAUAAUAAGUAAUUCAGCAACCAAUAUUUGGACAAUCAUAAAUUUAACAACUACCAUCAUAAACAGUUGAAACUUAGUAAGGUCAAGUAGUAAAGGGAUAAUCAAGAAUUGAAUACAUUCCAUAUGAGAGAACAGUAACUGAGUAUGAGGAAGUUAGAAGAUAAGUUCAAGUACCAAUUACUAAAUAAGUCACUGAUUAUUAUGCAGUGCAAUAUGAUAUAGAAUACAUUCCUUAAGUUGUUUAAGAAAAAUAGAUUGAAUAUGUUCCAAUUGAAAGAGUAGCUGAGAGAACUGAAUACUACACCGUUGAGAGAUAAAAUGUAAUAUAAUAAGUAAUUAAUAAUUUAUAUUUAUCAUAGCCUAUCGGAUAUCAAUCAUCUUAAGUAUAAACAUCCACUUCCUAUGCUCCAAUAUAAACUUAAUAAUUUACAUAACAAUAUUAAUAAUAUGUUUAACCUUAAUAAACUAUUGCAUAUUAAUAGCCAAUCUAAUAUUAAUAGACAUAUUAAACAAAAGAAGUCAUUUAAUAACCAGUUGUUUAAUAAUCAUAUGUUCAAUAAAGAGAGAUUAUUACAUAACCAUAAGUCUAAUAAUCGGUAGCAUUAUAACCAACCAUCCCUUAAACCCAAUAUUUACCAUAAUAACAAUAUCAAACUAUUUAAACCACUUAGCCAUAAUUAUAAAUAGCUUAAGUAUUUAAAUAUCAUAAUAUCUAGACUGUUCCUAUGAAUUAUGCAUAAUCAAUCUAAACUGUUUAAACUUAAUAACAAACUCCUGUUAAUCCCCCUCCAUAAACAGCCACUUCUAUUUCUCAAGGAUAUUCCAUUCCUGUUCCUUAGGCUCAAGCACCCUAAUAUUCUAUCUAUGGAUAGCAAUCACUUGGAGCUUAAUAAGCUAAACCCUAAUAAUAGACUCUAACUUAAACUACAUAAUAUAAUCCUUAAAUGCAAUAGACUGUACCACCCUCUUAAGUAUAUAUUAUAUAUUUAUCAUAGUUUGCUUAAUCUGUACCAUAAUAAUAAUAACAAUAACAAUAAUAAUAAUAGUAAUCAAUUCCUUAGGAUUUAGGAAGAACUAGACCAUAUCAAUAAGGUUAAUUGCCUUAAUAACCAUCUUAACCAUAAUAAAUUGGAACAGCUUAGAAAUAGAAUAAAGAAAAAUCAUUCUUAGAGAAAUUGUUCGAUUGAUUAUUUUUGCAUAAAAUAC